AUGGAGAGGAAUCCCCAUUUCUUCAAAGUCCUGCUUGGAGACUUCUCUCAGAGGCUGGGAAUACCAGUUGAGUUUCUGAAGCAUAUAUCAACUGCAACAUCAGAAAGAGUUACCUUAAAGGGUCCCAGUGGAAGAUGUUGGAAUGCAGAACUCAACAAAAGCAGAAAAGGCACAUUCCUCUGUGGAGGGUGGGCAGAUUUUGCCGAGGAUCAUGCACUCAGAGAGUACGAGUUUUUGGUUUUCCGAUAUGAUGGGGAUUUUUGUUUUACUGUGAAGAUUUUCGGUGUAAAUGCAUGUGAGAGAGAGGAUCUAUUUAAAGUAAUUCAGAGAAAAAGGCUCAAGUUAUGUGAAAUAAAAGAUAAAUCGAGACGGCUUGUGGAAAGCUCAUUGGAUGUUGGCCGCGUUUUUAACUCUCAAGCAAUAAAAAAAGAGGUACAAAGUGACCAUGUUUCUGUGUUGGUUCCUGAUGCUGACGGAGGAAAUUGUUUGGAACAUUCUGAAACUUUGAAGGAUGUUAAAAUCAAAUCAGAAUGUGAUUACCUUCCAAUUAAAAUAAUUCCUUCAUCCAAAAAAGUCUAUAAAAGGAGUUGCUUUCGCAAAAGACAGCUUGUGAUUCAUGAAGAAAGAUCAGAAGCACAGGAAGCUGCCAACUCUUUCACAUCAAAAUUUCCUUUUACAACUGUGAAGCUUUGUCAAUAUCAUAUCUCAAAGCCAUAUGUUAUGAGGCUCCCCCGCACCUUUUCUCUGGCACAUCUCCCUCGAAAUAAGUCAGUUUUGAUACUCAAAGAUCCAAAUAUGAAGUCAUGGGAGGUCACUCACAUACCACGAAAAGUAGAUCUUGAUCGUCUGUCAGGUGGGUGGCCCGCCUUUUGCCAUGGCAAUGACCUCAAGAUAGGUGACUUGUGUGUGUUUGAGCUUGUGAAACCACUUGAGCUUAAUGUUCACAUCAUCAGAUGAUCAAGAUCUCCAGAAUGUACGCUAUACCAGUUGCUUUCCCUGCCUACUCUGUCAGCUCUGAAGAUAAGAUGAAAAAGCUAUGUUUAUGUUUGACUUUGUUUUGGCAUCAGAAAGAUCAAUGUUAGUGUUCAACGUCAUUUUGUCCGUAGAAGUUGCACUUUUGGUCUUUGUUUUGGUUGCAAGAUUGAAAUGGUUUACGUUUUAGAAG